AUGGGUGUAAUACGGAAGAAGACCGCCUCGCGCGGCACUGAAGCGGGCACCAAGUAUCACUGUGAUAUCUGCUCGGUUGAUGUGACUUCGACGGUUCGCGUAUCUUGCGCCCAUCCCGCCUGCCACGAAUACGAUCUCUGCGUCCCCUGCUUCGCUGCCGGAGAGAAAUCCAAGAACCAUGACCCGUCAACGCAUCCAUUCCAGGUGAUCGAACAGAACUCGGUCCCGAUCUUCGAGGAGGACUGGGGUGCGGACGAGGAGCUCCUGCUGCUGGAAGGCGCCGAGAUCUACGGACUGGGAUCAUGGGCGGACAUUGCAGACCACAUUGGUGGUUACCGCACCAAGGAGGAGGUUCGCGACCACUACAUCAGCGCCUAUAUCGAUAGCCCGAACUUCCCGUUACCGGAACGCGCCGAUCCGGACGACAAGCGCCUUUCGGAGGCCAUUUCGAAGGAAGAAUUCCAGGCGCGGAAGAAACGCCGCAUCGAAGAGCGCAAAGAGGCGGCCAAGGCAGCUCCACCCACAACACCGAAGCAGAAGCCUACUGCCAGUGUACCGGCUUGUCACGAAGUGCAGGGCUACAUGCCGGGUCGGUUGGAGUUUGAGACAGAGUUCAUGAACGAAGCCGAGGAAGCGGUGCAGCACAUGACAUUCGAGCCUGGUGCGGGCGAGACGGCGAACGGCGAGACAGACGCGGAGAUGGAAUUGAAGAUGACCGUGGUGGAUAUCUAUAACUCGCGGCUUACGGCGCGCACGGAGCGCAAGAAGAUCCUCUUCGAGCACAACCUCCUUGAGUACCGCAAGAACACUGCACUGGAGAAGAAGCGCACGAAAGAAGAGCGCGACUUGCUGAACAAGGCAAAGCCGUUUGCCCGGAUGAUGAACCACGAUGAUUUUGAAGAGUUCAACAAGGGCCUCGAGUACGAGCACAACCUGCGGCUAGCCAUCACGCAGCUCCAGGAGUGGCGCCAAAUGGGUAUCGGUGAUCUCAAGGGCGGAGAGAAAUACGAACAGGAGAAGCAACAGCGGGCACAGCGGAUGGUGCCGCAGGGCUCGUUUGAUCGGUUCGCCAGCACGCGACCGACGAAGCAGUCGCAGCAACCAGAACAGCCGUCCGCUGCUAGUCAGCUGACGACCCCGGAGCUUCCUCUCCGGCUCCAAAAGGCGUCCGGGGCGCCUAAGGCACCAGAGCCUGUCAACCCGCCGAUGAAUGAUUUUGAUCGGGCGUUUGCCGCCACCAACGGCGACGUCAGCACGCCGCAGCCAGUGAAGACCAAGUUUGUGAUCCAGCCACUCAACGGAGUGAUUCCAUGGAAGCUGGAGAACGAGGGAGCACCGGAUCUGCACCUGCUGACCAAGGAGGAGGUCGAGGUGUGCAAUGUGCUGCACAUGCAGCCCAAGCCGUACCUAGUAAUUAAGGAGACGUUAUUGAAAGAGGCGAUGAAGCAGGGCGGCAGUUUAAAGAAGAAGGACGCGCGAGCUAUUUGCAAGGUCGACAGUACCAAGACGAGUCGGAUCUACGAUUUCAUGGUACACAGCGGCUGGAUCAACAAGAGCUGA